AUGAAAAUCAAUAGGUUUCUACAAUUCAUUAUUGCAUUUUCAAUGUUCAUAGGACUUGAAACAAGUUGGGGUAAAACAUUAUGCAUUGAGAAGGAAAGAGAAGCUCUUGUCCAGUUUAAGCAAGGUGUGAUAGAUGAGUACGAUAUCCUCUCAUCGUGGGGAAGAGAAGAAGAGAAACAAGAAUGUUGUCGUUGGAAAGGUGUAAAAUGUAGCAACAAAACAGGUCAUGUCGUGAUGGUUGAUAUUCACUAUAUACCACAAGCUUAUGGUCUAGAUGUGGAUCAACACUUGAAAGGUAAUAUUACUCCUUCAUUGCUUGAAUUGCAGCAUUUGAAGUACUUGGACCUUAGUAACAAUGAUUUUGGUACAAGUCGAAUACCGGAUUUCAUUGGUUCAUUUCCAAGACUAGAAUACCUUAAUCUUCAAGGUGCUAACUUAUCAGGUGAAAUUCCUUACUCAUUUAGUAACCUUACACAUUUGAAGAUUCUCGAUUUAUCUUCAAAUCAAAUUACAGGAUUGUUUCCAAACUACUUAACAAUGUUUUCAGAUUUAACAGAGUUGUAUUUAAGCAAUAACAAAUUCAAAGGGAGGUUACCUCAAAGUAUUGAACAACUUUCAAAACUCGAGAUAUUGAGAAUCAAUUCAAAUUCUUUCGAAGGUCCAAUCACAGAAACACAUCUUUCAAAUCUUUCCAACUUAAAAGUGUUGGAUUUGUCGUAUAACUCAUUCUCUCUUCAGUUGAGGCCUGAUUGGAUUCCUCCUUUCGAGUUACAAGUUAUAGGACUCUCGCGUUGUGAAAUGGGGAAUCGUUUCCCUCAAUGGCUACGAACUCAGAAGACGUAUUCAUAUCUUGAUAUCUCUUUUGUUGGUAUAUCAGAUAUAGCUCCUAACUGGUUUUGGGAUCUUUCUCCUGAAAUGAUGUACUUCAACAUUUCUAAUAACAAAAUAAGCGGAGAAGUUCCUGAUUUGUCUUCCAAGUUUCUACCAUCGAAGGAAACUAAUUAUCCAAUAAUGGAUUUUAGUUCGAAUAACUUAUCAGGUUUAGUCCCAUCAUUCUCAUCAAACUUGGAAACAUUGAACCUUUCGAAAAACAAGUUUGUUGGAUCAAUAUCUUUCUUGUGCAAAAUAGCCAAUUCUUUGUUCCGUACCAUUGACCUCUCGCAUAACAUGCUUUCAGGAGAACUUCCCACUGAUUGUUUCAGGAAUUUCGAAGAACUUGCCGUUCUUAAUUUAGCUAACAACAAGCUAUACGGUAAAAUUCCUAGCUCUAUUGGAUAUUUGAUGGAUAUUCAAUCUCUACAGUUGCGUAACAACAACUUUACUGGUCAUCUUCCAACCUCUUUGAAAAACUGUUUUAUGUUGACAAUCCUGGAUGUUGGUGGAAAUAAUUUAAUUGGAGAAAUUCCGUCAUGGAUUGGCUCAGAUUUAACAUUUUUGAUUGUCUUGAGUUUGAGAGCCAAUAAAUUCGAUGGAAAUAUACCUUCGAAUUUGUGUCAUCUGAAUAAAAUCCAUAUUUUGGAUCUUUCUCAUAACAUCUUAUCAGGAGAAAUCCCGCAUUGUCUCAACAAUAUCACAUCAUUGCUUCAGAGUAAUAGUUCAACCUCAAGCAUUAUUUUUGAUUUGGGUGAACAAAACGGAGAUGGUUUUUAUUCUUUCGUUGAAGAAUACAUGGGAGAUGCAUUAGUUCAAUGGAAAAAUAGUGAAUUUGUGUACAAUAAAACACUCGGAUUGUUGAAGAUCAUCGAUUUUUCAAGUAACAAAUUAGUUGGAAGAGUUCCUGAUGAAAUCACACAAUUAGAUGGACUACUUUCACUAAACCUUUCACGAAACAACUUAACAGGACACAUCGUACAAGGAAUUGGGAUGAUGGAAAUGUUAGAGUCUCUUGAUCUGUCUCGAAAUCAGUUAACAGGACGAAUUCCAACAAGUCUUGCUCGAUUAAAUUUCCUAAGUGUUUUAGACUUAUCGAGUAACAAUUUGUCAGGGGAAAUUCCUUCGAGCACUCAAUUGCAAAGUUUUAAUCCUUCGUCAUAUGCAGGAAACAAUGAACUUUGUGGUCCACCACUCGAAAAAUGCCCUGUUCAUGAUGAUCAUACAAGCAGAACCAACAAUGUUGAUGAAGACGAUGAUAUGUUAUUGUUGUUUGGGUUUUAUGUAUCUGUGUGUAGUGGAUUCAUUGUUGGAUUUUGGGGAGUGAUAUUUACUUUAGUCUUCAAUAAAUCAUGCAGAGAUGCUUACUUUCAUAUGUUCAUCAACGUCGCGAAUUGGAUCUUUGUCACAACAAUUAUGUGUCUACGCAGAUUGAAGAUGCUCUGGAGCUAG